AAAGCAAAUGUUUGUCGAACGAUGUAGCUGGAGCAUGAAAUUUUCCGUCACGUUUGCAAGAAAUUUAUGAUAAUCUGUUUGAUAUAAAAAUAAAUAUCUAUUCUGCGUUCGGUUUCUUUGCCAUAAGUCUCGAGCAUGAAUGAGCCAGUACCGGACGAUGCUGGUGACCGCUAGCCACUAAGUGCCGCGCUGACGAAGUUGCCGCGGUUGUGUGUGCCUAACCGGCCAAGUCCGUGCGUGCCAGGGAACAUUUUGUAAGAUGCGAUUUUGUCUUUCAUGGCGAGGGAGCCUUCGUCGUGAGAUUCGUUCACUUUCCGUACAGUCCACUUCGUUCGGAGUAUAGUACGCUCGCGGGUUACGUAAAUUCGCAAAAGAAUUGUCGCGAAAAGGGAAACCGCCUCAAAAUAAGGAGGAAAGGAACGAGCGAACUGUGCAUAGAACGUCGAAAUGAGGAGGGCACCGUUCGAUAAACACAAUAACACGAAGCGGAACGUUUUGAGCAACACGUACAGUUCGUACAGAGUCGCGUCCGAAAAUUCAAAGGAUGCAGAGUACCAGUACAGUGUGAAUUACGGUAAUUUACAAGGAAACAAUUACCUGCAACGAAGCGUCUCUGCGGACAAUGUUGUAAUACGUUCCCGUGGUUUUAAGCCCUCUGAUAGGCACGAUCCUGUGAAGAGGAACUUUCUCGAGCAUCUUACUUCGAAAAUACUGCAUUUCGAUAUGGAGAGCAAUGGAAGUACACCGGUCAAUUUACAGAAAUUACUCACACCCGCCGCAGAUUCUCAGGGAAUUAUGCAAUCCAAAAAUAGAAAAAUGUUUGCGUCUUCGUAUUUUUACGCGCCAUCGCAUCCGACAGUUGAGGAUCAAGUUGAGCUCGCCCGACGAAUUUCGCAUUCGUUGAGCGACGUAAAAAAUAUGAAAAGUAAAGGUCAAUCUAUGUAUGUGAACAGAAAGAAACGAUCGGUCAAAUGGAUUCACGACGGCAAUGGUGUAGAAGACGUGGAAGAGCCUUUGAUACCUGUUCAUAGAGAGAAAAUUCCUCUAAAAUGCAUGAUGAACCCACAUGGAAAAGUGUUGGAUAUACACGGUAUUCAAGCUUUGGGAGAAGAAGUGAAUAUCGAGCCAGUACCGAAGAAUCCUGAGAAACUCUUUGAUAUUGUUCGCGAUUUAAACAAUCAAAGAGGCCGUGGUGCUGAAAUAUUUGCGAAACGUAGGAAAAGAUCUGAAAAAUGGGUCGUAGACAAAGAUCAACCACAGAUACCGAGCACUCCUGGUAUGCCGAAAAUGUAUCCUGGUAAACCGGAGAUGAAUGGCAGUUCGAAGUUUACAACUCUACCUCCUCUUACAUCUAUAGUACCUGAGCCAGCCGUUGAAAAAUCGUUUUAUAAUCCUUUUACCGUGGACUUGUCUUUAGAUGAUACAAAUCCACCUGCAACAGGCCGAAAUCAAUAUCGAUGUAACGGUAAAGAGUGCAACCACCAGACCGAAGUGAAAAAGAUUUAUCUGAGAGAAGUAGCCGUUGGCACUGACAAUGACUUCCCUCUUGACAAAUCUCGAUCGUCGAUAGUUGAGAAAUCACGUCGAAUCACUUUCGAACCUGAUACCGAACAACGUAACAUUUAUCACAGCAGAAAUGGCGUUAACGAGAAUACGACAUCAUCGAUGACUACUAACAGACGCAAUCACAAUUAUAGCAAAGCUUCGCUGAAUAAAUCUAAUUUUUCUAACACGCAGCACGCUACUAACAAAGAGAUGAAAAAUUAUAUGAAAGAACAACGGAUCACAGAGUGUGUGAAGAGCACGAUCAGCGACAAGGGGAAGUUCGUGAAUAAUCGGCAAGAUAUCGAUAACGAAGAGAGCGAGUACACGCCAGUUCCGGUCAAACAGUUGAUACAAGAGUUCGAGAAAACAUGUAGACCGGUUCUGCAAUACAAACAAUUCAGUCCGAAGGUUAUCCCAAUUAUACGACAAUCUCCUCUCGAUAACGAUAUAACGCGAUUUUUUGAGACGCAAAAUUCCGUUAAAUACAACAACGAAGAAGAACACAGGAGAAUAACCGAGCGACAAAGAUACGAGGAACUCGUAAAGCUUCAAGACCACUGUAACAAUGGUUACGUGUCUACCGAUGAUACAGAGUACACGACCGACGAAACCGACUCCCAGAUGAACGAUUACAGCGAAGAAAUAAUCUACCGAGAAAAAUCCGAGUCCUCGAGUAUGAUGAACGGCGAUCAAGAAUAUUCGUCGACGUAUCGCGAGGAGUGUUCCAGUCGACGUCGAUCUGUUACUUCCGAGGAAGUAGAAAACUUCUGCAACAACGGUGACGGGAAAUUUGUGAAUACAGAGUCGGAAGUGCCUGUGGAAGCGAAGUCGUUGUUACUCUCGAUGAUAGCUUCCCAAGAAGAUAUUUUGGAAACUAUUAAGCAUUUGCGCAGCACACCUGUCCUCGACAACUUAUUGCAUGGUGUUUCGCCGGACUGUAAAUUCACUGACAUCUGUCCGGAUGUAGGUAAAAAGCUUUAUGAAAGUGAUACCUAUACAGGACCAAAACUCGCUAGCGUUCACAAUUUAGCCAAUUAUAAUACGGCACCUCGAGGCUGGGAUCAGUCGUUGACAUAUUAUCGGCCGAUUAAAUUCGAGAAACCGCAAGAAAUUGUUUAUUCUGAUUUUUAGUGAUAACUUGAAUAAUUACAACAUUACAUAGACGGAAAGCAAACGUACAAAAAUUGUAGAACUGAUUUUCAAAUUUCGCGUUACACAUCAUUUGAACUUUUUUCCCUUGUUUAUAACGAAGUUACCGUUUCUUUUCAUUUUCUCUUUUUUUCUUUUUUCGUUUUUGAUUUUAUCAGAUGCAAGAUAACGUUGAUGAAAAUGAUUGUCGUAAAUAAUGAUAGAAAUUCUGCACUAUAAAACUGUGCGGUACAGACAUAUUGCAUACGUAUAUAUAUAUGUGUGUGUAUAUAUGUAUAUAUGCACAUAUAUAUAUAUACGUAUCUUGAAGCUUUGUUUUGCUUGAUAUAGCUAUACAUACAUAUAUAUGUCCCAUUAUUCAGAUGUUGAUCCUUAUUUAUGCUUCCAGCAGUGUUAUUGCAUUUUACUUUAUAAUAUUGCGUAAAUAAAUGUUGUUUUCAUAACA